AUGCCCGUCGUUGCUCCUCUGUCGGUAGCUUCCGGUGGCGCAGAUUCUGGAACCGCGUCCACCCCCACUCCCGUGUACUCCACUGAGUGGGCGGCGGAUGUGGAAGGCGGCUUCGGCAUUCGAAAUGUGAAGGUUUAUAAUGUUCCUUUUGAAUGCCCCAAUGAGGCCAUUGCUCGUAAACUUGGCGAAUUUGGCACAGUUCUUAGUGUGGAGAAUGAUGGUGGCCUGCAGGUUUUAGGUACCGGGCCGGCGCAGCUGCCGCGCGAAGCUGUUGACAACACCACGUAUGCAGGCGCGUUGGUUGGACCCCCCUCGCACGCGCCGCCCGACCGACAGGCUUCUGCACCUCCUGCGGCUGUGGCACCUGUGUCCGAUAAUGUGACUCCGCCGACAGUUGUCGUGCCCCCGGUUGUGUCGGAACAAAGUUUACCUGCCGAACGCACCCCUCGCGAGGUCAGUACUGCUGAUUUGUCAGCCGUCAGUGUUCCGGACGUGCCUGUUGGGGAGUCUUCUGAAAUGUUGGUCGAGUCCCCCCGGCCGAUUUCCGUCCGCGCCCCGCCGACAGACAAGCGGAAAUUGCAGUCACAACCGGGCCCGUCCACUUCCGGCGAGGCGGAUGCUAGCAGCGCCGAAAGUGAGGUGUCCCAAGUUUCCACCCAGUCCGCCCCUGCCGAUCCAAAACCGAAGCGUAGGCGGUCUAAUAAACGUUCGAAAACGGCGCCCACUGAGGGCGCCGGCGUUUCCUUCGAACAGGCCGUUGAGGGACUCACGGACUCCUUGGUCCAAGAGCGUCGCGACGCACCUUUCGUGCACGGUCCACCUGUGUCGGUGCCCGCCACCCCCGCUUCCCGGGCCGUCCCGGACGCCGCACCUCCUCCUUCGGACACCAUGCAGUGGUCUGAGGAUGUGGAGGAAGAUCAUUUUUUCUAG